ACUCCUUCCCCAGGCGCCUGAAGCUGGCCCAGUUUGACUAUGGGAGGAAGUGCGAGGAGAUCGCUCAUCUGACGGACCACAUGUCGGGCCGGGAGAUCGCACAGCUGGUUCAGUCCUGGCAGGCCAUGUCGAAGGACACCAUGAAUCUGGUGCAGAUGCAGGAGCCGACUUUGCAGCCAGAGCAACAGUCCAAGCUCAAACAACUUGUCAAUGAGGAGAACGUACGGAAGCAGGAGGAGUCCGUGCAGAAGCACCAUCAGACCUUCUUGGCGUCCAUCAGGAUGGCUGUCACCGUGUUUGGGGAAAGAUUUCGUGCCUUUGUGACAGAGCGGGACACAGUGACAGCCACGGUGGUUGGGCUGACGCUGUUGGCUGGCGGGGUCUACUCUGCCAAGAAUGGGACAGCUGCCGUGGCCCGCUUCAUCGAGGCUGGGCUGUUCAAGCCACUGGCUGCUCAGAGCAUAGUCCCGCAUCACGCUUAG